UGUUUGCCCGGCUGCAUUGUGGGAGUUUGACCCGGAGCCGCCGGACGCGGUUGACGAGCCGCCGCCACCGAGGGCGCCAUGGGGGCCGUGACGGACGAUGAAGUUAUAAGAAAGCGUCUCUUAAUUGAUGGUGAUGGUGCUGGUGAUGAUAGGAGAAUCAACCUGUUAGUGAAGAGUUUCAUUAAAUGGUGCAAUGCUGGAUCUCAGGAAGAAGGCUACAGUCAAUACCAACGCAUGCUGAGUACAUUGUCUCAAUGUGAAUUUUCAAUGGGGAAAACCCUGCUUGUAUAUGAUAUGAAUCUCAGAGAAAUGGAGAAUUAUGAAAAAAUUUACAAAGACAUAGAAAAUAGCAUAGCUGGAGCACAUGAAAAAAUUGCUGAGUGCAAAAAGCAGAUCCUUCAAGCAAAACGAAUACGGAAAAAUCGCCAGGAAUAUGAUGCUUUGGCAAAAGUCAUACAGCACCAUCCAGACAGGCAUGAAACAUUAAAGGAACUAGAUGCUUUGGGGAAAGAAUUACAGCAUCUUUCUCAUAUAAAAGAAAAUGUUGAAGAUAAGCUGGAAUUAAGGCGAAAGCAGUUCCAUGUUCUUCUUAGUACUAUCCAUGAACUUCAGCAGACAUUAGAAAAUGAUGAAAAACUCUCAGAGGUGGAAGAGGCCCAGGAAGCCAGCAUGGAAACAGAGAUGAAACCCUAGGCGGACUAAACAUCUCUUAGUGUCCUUUCACCUGUUAAAUCAUUGUAACUUUGGUGAAACUAGCAGACUGUGGAUGACAAAUUUUUAUCAAUUUUUUUUUAAAUGUCCAACUAGGCAAAGAAACUAUUUUAAAGGAAGUUUGUUUUUAUGAAAUUUUUUUAUUCAAAUGUUUUCAGUUUGUAUUUUCAUGUAUAUUUUGGUAGUUGUUAAAAUGGUAAAAUUGAAAUUGAUUCUCAUAAGUUGUAUUUUACAAAGGAGCACUUCUAGAAUGUACCCAUAGACAUAUUCAUGUGUACACACACACACACACACACACACACACACACACACACACACACACAAAAAA